UCGGUGCUUCUACUUAUGUAGAGUUCCUUAUUUUCCCCCCUUCUCUCUGGUGCUGGGUGCCGGGUCCCUUCUAGUUCUGGCCCAGGUAUCUUCUACUUUUUUAACAAAGUAGUAGUGGUGGUCGAGCAUGGAUGCAGAAAGGCAGUUUUUGUAUUUUCAUGAUAUCCAGCACCACGCUUCAGAAAAUGCAUCGAGGGAAGAAGCUCGAGAUUUUCAAUGCCCUCAGACUAGUCGCACAGGAACGCAUGGCUUCGGAUGUCAUGUACUUCGUAAUCUUCUAGUUAUUCUUGUUUGUGAACUCUGCCCCGCUCUAUGUGUUGUUUGUGGGUGUGCGUUAUGAUUCUUUAUUUUUCUUUUGCAGGGUUUGUAUUGUCGACUGAUUUAUCGCCGUCUAGUCCUUUCGCAUCAUUUAUGAACUCGCUGCACCAAGUGACUUUUUUAUGAGUCGUGAUCG